AUGGCGGGAACAAUUAACAAACCAAAGAAACCCAAGUCCAAGAGGGGCACGACUCGUCUCCGAAACAAGAUUGAAAAAGCGUCGGCAGCCAAACAGAAGAAGCAGCGCAAGCUCGCCAAAAAUAACCCAGAAUGGCGAUCCAAGUUAAAAAAGGAUCCCGGUAUCCCAAACUUGUUCCCGUACAAGGAGAAGCUGUUGCAAGAAAUUGAAGAGAAGCGAAUGAGAAAGGCGGCCGAGGCAGAGAAGAAGAGGGAAAUGGCAAAGGCGGCCAGAACUGGCACUGUCCAGGGGAAAGCCGAGGAAGAAAUGGAAGAUGCUGAGAACGCCGUGGGCGACGCUGGGGCCAUGGACGAUGAAUUCAUGGACGAGGAUGUGGACGAGUCGAAUCCCAUGGCUGCACUGCUGGCUAGCGCGAGGGCUGCAGCGGUGCAGUACGAUAAGGAUUUGGCGGACAGCGAUGGCAUGGACGACGACGAUGAGGAGGACGACGACAGCGAUGAUGCAGGGCACGGCGGUUUGAACGACAUGUCUGUCGGCCAGGCUUCCUCUCGCAAGACGUACGACAAGGUCUUUAAGCAGGUUGUUGAGCAGGCGGAUGUGGUUUUGUAUGUGUUGGACGCACGAGAUCCAGAGGGUACUCGGUCACGAGAGGUUGAGCGAAGCAUCAUGGCCGCUGCUUCUGGUGGCAAGCGUCUCAUCCUGGUUCUCAACAAGGUCGAUCUGAUCCCGCCCAAGGUCCUGCGAGACUGGCUCGUCUACCUGCGACGGUAUUUCCCCACGCUGCCUCUGCGUGCGUCUGGUGCUGCGCCAAACGCCCACGUCUUCAACCACCGCGACUUGACUGUCCAAAGCACAUCGGCAACCCUGUUCAAAGCGCUCAAGAGCUUCGCUGCCAGCCGUCAACUAAAGCGCGCCGUGUCCGUUGGCGUCAUUGGGUACCCCAACGUCGGCAAAUCCUCCGUAAUAAACGCCUUGUUGAGCAGAAUGAGCGGCAAGGGCGGCAGCUCCUCCAAGGCGUGUCCUGCUGGUGCCGAGGCUGGCGUCACCACAAGUAUUCGCAGCGUCAAGAUCGACAGCAAGCUGACACUCCUCGACUCUCCUGGUGUUGUCUUCCCAUCCUCCUCGUCCAUCCAGUCCGGCGGGCUCGUCAACCUCAAGAACGCAACUGAAGCGCAUGCCCAUCUUAUUCUACUUAAUGCCGUUCCCCCUAAGCAGAUUGACGACCCCGUCCCCGCAGUCAGCUUGCUGAUCCGUCGACUGUCCUCAUCGCCAGAUCUGAUGCAGAAGCUCACGGAUGUAUAUGACAUUCCUGCCCUUUUGCCCAACCGACUGGACGGCGAUGUUACGACCGAUUUUUUGGUGCAGGUCGCUCGCAAGAGAGGUAGAUUGGGUCGCGGCGGUGUUCCGAAUAUCAAUGCGGCGGCAAUGGCUGUCGUGACGGACUGGCGGGAUGGGCGUAUCCAGGGAUGGGUUGAGCCGCCUGCGUUGACUGGCGAGGUGGCUGCUACGGGUAAUAAGAAGCUCAAGAAUGCGGGUGAGGAUGAGGUCAUGCCUGAUCAGAAGGAGAUUGUUACGGAGUGGGCUGCUGAGUUUAAGCUUGAUGGGCUGUGGGGGGAUGGUGCUGCCGGGGAGGAUGCUAUGGAGGAGUAA